AUGGAUUGUAAAUCAAUUAGAGAAAGAAAUUAUUUUAUGGAAAAGCCUUUAUCCACUGAAGAAGGGAAAUAUCCAUUGGCGUAUGCUAGAAUUGUUUAUGAAAGUUAUAGAUUUUUGGAGGCAGAAUUUGCCACAAAUUAUCAACCCCAAAAUUGGUAUUGUUUUGCUGUUGACUCGCAACUUGAAGAUGAACAUUUUUUUCAAAGAAUAAAAGCAUUGGCUAAAUGUUUUCCUAAUGUUAUUGUUCCAACAAAAAGAUUUCCUGUAGAUAGUGAUGGUAGAUUUCCCAUUUAUGCGAUUUAUUAG